AUGAGGGUACCAGGAUCACAUAGCCUUGAAGUUCUGACCGUCUGUCGACCACCGAGGAGUGACCCCGAGUCUGACGCUCGUCUGUUAGAGGAGCUAGGACGAUUUGCUCUCCGUCCUGACGUCCUGAUCAUGGGCGACUUCAAUGCACCGCUCAUUGACUGGAGUUCACUAUACGCGCGCGGCCCAGAACUAGCUUUCUACCGACGCUUCUUGGACAUGGCACUCACGUCAUUUCUCACUUUGCACGUCCUCUUUCCCACGAGGCUGCGUGAGGGGCAGCAGUCAAACUGCUUGGACCUGGUGCUCACGAAAUCGAUGGGCAGCAUAGACGAGGUGCAAUGUCUGCCUCCCCUAGGUCGAAGCGAUCACGCCCUACUUCAAUGGGACUAG